UGAUCCGGCAGCCCUCCGGAGGAAGCUGCUCGGGAAGGUCCACGCCAUUUCCCGCCUUGGUCUCCUUCGGGAUGGCUUUUCCACGGAUCCGGCUGCCUUGCCUCUUCCUCCCCCUCGUCCUGCUUGCUUCAGUCCAGCUGUGCGAAAUCCCUGGAGGAAAUGUUCAGCCCAUCCAGGCGCUGAAUUCAGAGCUCUUAAAACUGGCAGAUGAUGAGUCCCAGGAGCCGAAUCCCAGCACCUAUUUGGGCCUCCGACUUUCUAACCACCAUAAUCUGGAGAAGGAAAGCCAGUAUCUCAACCGACUGAUGGAUAUGGUUCAGCCUCGAAGCAGAAGCUCCAGGGUCCCUUCCGAAGUCUGGUACUGGAAGCAGCCUGGGACAGGGCAGCUGGCUUUGUACCUCCUUGCGCUGCGGGCUGCUUGCCACAACAUGGAUACACCUGAGGGGAACCGAGUGGUGACCCAGCUGAAGCUUCACCUGAAUAGAGAAAAGAAGCAGAUGGGUCAGAAGGAGAAAAGUCACCCCAUCACCAACUAUUACCAGUAUAGCUUGGGGAUCUUGGCCUUGUGCGUUCACAGCAAGAGGACCGAUCCUGACGUGAUCAGGAAGCUGCUGUCUGCUGAACAGCAUGGCAAAUUUCAUCAUGACGGGACACGCUCCGUAGACACUGAAGCGAUGGCAGGCCUGGCCUUGGUUUGCUUGGAACACGCCCCUGGAUACCCCCACGACCUCCAGGCCAGCGUGAUCCAGGCCCUGCAGCGGGUGAAAGCAAAGAUCCUGCGGGCUCAGACACCCAAGGGGUUUUAUGGGAACACCUACAGCAGCCCCCUGGCAGUGCAGUUUUUGAGUGCUGCUGGGAUGGGGCAGAGCCAGCUGGCGUUCUCCAGGGGCAUGGCUGCCCUGAUUCGGAGCCUGGAAGGAGGAGACUUCCAAAAUACCCUCAUCCAGUCACAGUUGCUGCCAGCGCUGUAUUGCAAGAGUUACCUGGACAUUGCCCGCAUGACGUGUGAAGCCCAGACGGAGAACUCAGUCCCUGAUGCUUCACUGCAGAAACCUCAGGGGAUCGACGGAACGCAGAAUAUUUCUGUCUGGCUGAAGGCAAAGAAGGCCACGCAGCUACUGUACAGCCAUGUCCUGCAGGUUCCCUUGGGCUCAACCCUCCUGGAUGUUCUGGAUGCUGCAGCCAAAGAUGGUCUCCAGCCUUUGAGGUUUGAGACCCAGAACACCCUCUCUGGCCCAAUGCUGACUGGAGUGAUGGGGGAGAAAACUCAGGAAGGCGAACGCAAGUACUGGAAGAUUCUCCGGCAUCCACACAGUAGUUUGGACCAAGGAAUUGCAGAAUACAUCCCACAAGAUCAAGAACAUAUUAUUUUGAAGAUGAGCUCUUGGUAGAGAGGGAUCCCACCCUCUUGACACAUCUUGGGAGGCUCUGUCUUCACAACCAUGGGCAUAUGUAUGGACUUGCCCUUGGAGAGUUGCAGAACGUUCUCUUCCUCACCUCUUUGAACAUAAGGACUAGACUCUUGGUCUUUUAGAUAGCUAUUUUUAUUUCAGUCCACGACCAGUGAUGUAAAAAAUACAACAAAUCACCGAAUGCACAAAACUGUAAAAUUUUGUAAAAUUGAACAUACAGAAGGAGAAUUGGCCUUAAAUCUACAGAUCAAGCUUUAUAUCACUCACAAGCCAAUUUGGUGUACUGGUUGAGGCACCGGGCUACCAACUGGGAGACCCUGAGUCCUCUUUCCUAGUAACCAUGGUCUCAGAAACCAAUUUCAAACCUUACAAGUAAUAUCUGGAUUUGAAUAAGAUAAAAGGAAAGUGACAGAAGAUGUGUUUGAUCAUCUUGGAAGUUAUUCAAAGGAAGUGUUAUAGUGGAGGUGGGAACCCUUAUAAAAGGAACAAUAAAAUAAAUGCUUGGUUUGCACAAUACAAUAAACCCAGCUGAAAUGAGA